CCUCACACUGAGCGACUGGCAGCGGGCAGAGAGUUGCUGUGGUUACACCAGUGGAGGAUCCGAGAGGGGUGCAAGGGCGGCGACGUUUGUACAAUGCCGAAUAAAACGAAAAAGGACAAGGAUUCAUCAAAAUCUGGGAAAGUGGGCAAAAGUGGAGGAGGGCAGGAGAAUUCACAACAUGAGCAGAGCUCCAACAGGAAGACCAGCAACAGCGUCCCGCCGACCACCCAGCUCCUCAAGGGCAAGCAGCCGGGCUCCCAGACGCCCGUCAAGAAGGACAAACGGCAGAGCUCCUCUCGCUUUAGCUUGAGCAACAACCGGGAGUUGCAGAAGCUGCCCGCUUUCAAAGAUGUUCCCCCGGCCGAGCAGGAGAAGCUUUUCAUCCAGAAGCUGCGGCAGUGCUGCGUCCUCUUCGAUUUUAUCUCGGAUCCGCUGAGUGACCUAAAAUGGAAAGAGGUGAAGCGGGCGGCGCUGAGCGAGAUGGUGGAGUACAUCACGCACAACCGCAACGUCAUCACCGAGCCCAUCUACCCCGAAGUGGUCCACAUGUUUGCCGUGAAUAUGUUCAGGACCUUGCCGCCGUCGUCCAACCCGACGGGCGCCGAGUUCGACCCAGAGGAAGACGAGCCCACGCUGGAGGCCGCGUGGCCGCAUCUUCAGCUUGUCUACGAAUUCUUCCUGCGCUUCUUAGAGUCGACCGACUUUCAACCCAACGUAGCCAAAAAAUACAUUGACCAGAAGUAUGUAAUGCAGCUCCUCGAAUUGUUUGACAGUGAAGACCCCAGGGAAAGAGAUUUUUUAAAGACCACCCUGCAUCGCAUCUACGGGAAGUUCCUGGGCCUGCGAGCGUACAUUAGGAAACACAUUAAUAACAUAUUUUAUAGUUUUAUUUAUGAGACUGAGCAUCAUAAUGGAAUUGCUGAACUACUGGAAAUAUUAGGCAGUAUAAUCAAUGGAUUUGCGUUACCCUUGAAAGAAGAACACAAGAUAUUCCUCCUGAAAGUUCUGCUGCCGUUGCACAAAGUGAAAUCAUUGAGCGUUUACCACCCGCAGCUGGCCUACUGUGUGGUACAGUUCCUCGAAAAGGACAGCACGCUCACGGAACCGACCGUUGUGGCUCUGUUGAAGUACUGGCCCAAGACCCACAGCCCCAAAGAGGUGAUGUUCCUCAACGAGCUGGAGGAGAUCCUGGACGUCAUCGAGCCGUCCGAGUUCGUCAAAGUCAUGGAGCCGCUCUUCAGGCAGCUGGCCAAAUGUGUGUCCAGCCCGCACUUCCAGGUGGCCGAACGGGCGCUCUACUACUGGAACAACGAGUACAUCAUGAGCCUGAUCAGCGACAACGCCGCCAAGAUCCUGCCCAUCAUGUUUCCCGCGCUCUACCGCAACUCCAAAACGCACUGGAACAAGACCAUCCAUGGCUUGAUCUAUAAUGCGCUCAAGCUUUUCAUGGAGAUGAACCAAAAGCUGUUUGACGACUGUACGCAGCAGUUCAGGGCAGAGAAAAGCAAAGAGAAAGCCAAAUGGAAGGAGCGAGAAGAAGCCUGGCUCAAGAUUGAGAAUCUCGCCAAGUCCAAUCCGCAGUUUCUGACGUACACUGAGCCGGUGAACUCCAGCGGACCAACGGACAUGGAGACGGACGGGCCGCUGCUAGAUGACGUCAGCCUGCUGAAGAAAACAGUAGCCGAGGAAGCCACACAGCUGCAGAAAGACCAGCGACGAGAGCGGCCGCUAAUGCGGAGGAAAUCCGAGCUGCCCAAGGACAUCUCCACCGUCACAGCUCUGGAGCUUCACCGGAGAGCAGAAGAGAUGUUGACCACGCACGACGGCCACUAACGGGCCACGAAUCUCUCGGCCCGGCCAGGCACAACGCAUCCGUUCAACCCCCCCCCCCCUCCCCUUUUGCCCCUUUUCAACCUCAAGCUGCAGCGGACAAAGCGGCGCUGGGUCGUCACCCAUCACCACCUCCUUUUGUGUUCUCCCUUCCGCUUGACUAUUAUAUCUGGGGUGCUGUGCUGCCCCCUUGUGGUCAUUGCUCUCAGGCGUUCCGUCUCUUUCUAGAUGUCAGGUGCUUUCACAACAACAACAAAAACAAACAAUAAUGUCAGGAUGUGCCCAGUGUAAAAUUUUCAAGUGGAGGCAAGUUCUUAGUAUAGUUUUCCAAAUAUUGAAGGUGAUGGUCACGCCGACUUAUCUCCUGAGUUAAGUUCUGUCAAAAUAAAUCCUCUUAUUUUUGUAGGGGAGACAGGUUGUUAAGCAUCAAUUUCCUGAGAGGUGCCGCCGCAAUGGGGCGGCAGAAUCUACCUGACAGUCUUCGCUUCAUCUCAGAUGUGACCCCUCACCCCCCCACCCCACCCCUUCCUUUGCUCAUUGACCCCCAGGUAGGGAUGACACUGCUUCACACAGGAGGUAUGUUUGUUUUCAUUUUUUUAAGAAGAGCUCAAACGCGCCUUUCUUUUUUCGCAGUGCCUUUUUUAUGAAGGGGGACAUUUGAUCAAGUAGGAAUUUAAAAAAGUCCUCCAAAGCACACGCCUUGCUUAAAAGCCCGCCCCCCCAACCUCCUGCCGAAUAAACGGGGGGGGUCUCGUUAGAGGUGCAGGAGCCACUCGAACGAACGAAGCACUUCCUGAUUACACUUGAACGUUUAAAAACUCGUAAAGAGAUCUCGUCGCGUCUCACCCAUUUGAACAAUCUUGGUUUUGUUCCCACCCACCCCGCCCCUGCCCACCCAACCAUCCACCAACACCUUUAAUCAUUAAGCUGAAUGUGCGAAUUAUAAAUAUGUCGCCUGUCAUCAGUAUUGUCUGGUUGCUGUCCUCUCUGGAAAAAAGGCUUUAAUAAUGGCUCCUUUUUGGAGGCUCUCCCGGUUCCACAUAAGCUUUUUUUUUUUUGUUCUCACAGAAUGACUAUUACAAGUGUCUUUUACGUCUCAUACUAAAUGGCUUGUACAUAUGAUGUACUAUUUUAUGUUACAAAUAAAUGUUUAGAGUCCAUAUUUUGUACAAAAUAUCCCCCCACACUCUCCCAUGUGUACAGAAGAAAUAGUCAAAUCGUGGCAAAACAGUUUUUUAGCAGUUUAUUUUUGUCUCCAACAUGUUGAAAUCCUUGGAAAAUAAGAUUUCUUUUUGUGUGUGCGUGUGCUUUAUCCCCCCCCCCCCCGCCCGUGAUGUACAUCUAUCUAUACACAGCAAAUAAAGAGAACAUGUGAGUUUUAUAUUUUCAUCCUAAAAAAAAA